ACCGACAAGCGUCGCAGUCGAUUUUCUUUACUCCUCAGUCAUUCCCUUUGCUUUACCCCCAUUACAACCAGGAAAUAAUAAUGUCUGAUUUCUGUCCUGUAUACGCGCCCUUCUUUGGUGCCAUGGGUUGCACCUGUGCCAUUGUCUUUACUUCCAUAGGAGCGAGUUAUGGUACCGCUAAAUCAGGUGUUGGUAUCUCAGCGAUGGGUGUCCUACGACCUGACUUGAUGAUGAGGUGUGUUGUACCUGUUAUCAUGGCUGGUAUCAUAGCUAUCUACGGUCUCGUCGUCUCUGUCCUCAUUUCGAGUUCGCUUGAAUCCACAAUGCCCCUCGCCAAAGGUUUCAUUGAUCUCGGUGCUGGUCUCUCCGUCGGUCUCGCAGGUCUCGCUGCCGGUUUUGCUAUUGGUAUUGUGGGUGAUGCUGGUGUGAGAGGAACUGCGCAACAGCCACGACUUUUCGUUGGAAUGAUUUUGAUCCUCAUUUUCGCCGAAGUGCUUGGUCUCUACGGUUUGAUUGUCGCCCUUAUCAUGCACACGAAGGCCGGUGAAAUUUCGAAUGCCAUCUGCUUCUGAAGUGUUACCCAGUGGUAGGAUGAUGAACUGAGGAGUACUUCACAUGAUCUAGCAACUCUGUCACCUACCUGAUAAUGCUAGGGUAUUACCAUUUUCUUUCAUCCGUGCAAGGUUCUGUUCCCGUAUAUUUCUGCAUAAUUGUAAGAAGAUGUGAAUAAUAUACCAAUCGCCAUAUUCCACGUCACAGUGGUGUUUGAA